CGAGCUAGGAGAGAACACCAUGACUAACGAGGUUGCAACACUGGAGGUACCGGAGUGGAGUAUAGCAGCUGACUCAGCACUCAAGCUCGAACCAGGGAGUCGACAGUUAUCCGCCUCCCCCAGCUCCGCUUCUUUGCUGACCAACACCAGCAGCAACAAACCAAAGAUUCUUCUAAUGGGACUGAGUAAAGCUGGCAAAACCUCGAUACGAAAUGUUAUAUUCCACAAGAUGAGCGCAAAUGAGACUCAGUUCUUGGACCCGACACAUAAAAUAGAUAAGAUCGAUAUCAGUAAUAAGUCCUUCCUUGACUUUCAGCUGUGGGACUUUCCUGGGAAACUGGACAUCUCCCAUUUGAGAGACAAAGAAGAUACAAGCACAAUUGAGAAGAUAUUCGUCGAAGCCAGGGUUCUGAUAUUUGUUAUAGACCCGGUCGAGGAGAAACACAGUAUAGCUAUAGAUAGGCUCCAUGGGACUAUACUAGAGGCUUACAAGAUUAACCCGAAAAUAAAGUUUGAAGUUUUUAUUCACAAAAGUGACUCGAUAAAUGAAGAUCAGAAAAUAGAUAAUAUCAGAGAAAUGACUCACAGAAUCAACAGGAAACUUAUGACUGCGGGCCUGCAAGAUAGAAUAUUGAUAAGCUUCAGAACAACAAGCAUCUACGACCACUCAAUCUUCGAAGCGAUGAGUAUAGUCUGUCAGCAGCUUCUAGAGAACGUUCUGUCACCCUUCGAGAACAUUCUUAACGCUUUCGUCAGCUCCAACAAGAUGGAAAAGGCUUUUAUAUUCGACUUACAUCCAAAGAUAUUCAUUGCAACAGACAGCAGCACGUUUGAUAUGCCCACGUAUGAACUGUGUUGUGACAUGUUAGAUUUAAUAGCUGACAUGGGCUGUAUCUAUCAGGAGUACGAAGGAGGGGAGGAGCGCGGCGUAUUCUCGACCUGCUCCGUUAUAAAACUAAACGACACUCUCCUCCACCUCAAACAGAUCAACAGACAUCUCGCCCUAGUUUGUAUCCAGCUCCAGCAGGAAACAGCCUGUACUCAAGGUAUUGUGGACUACAACUUUCAGCAGUUAAAACAUGGCAUUCAGGAGGUACUGAAGGUGGCUAAUUUAUAGCUUGUUUUACUGGGCGGCACUCAGCCUGUCAUUCCGCCACUGAACACUGAAGCCUGAGAUCCCCAGGUAGAGCUUUUUUCAUCAAGAUUGAAAUAUUGAACUUGAGGACUUAUUUAUAAGAAACUAGGUAGAUUUUCAAUCGGGUAAUCGUUAUACUGAUAUGUACCAUUAUCAUGAUUAUGCGAUAUGAUGUAUUAUGAAUAUUACAUAAUAUGUUGCAUAAAUGCGAGAAUGUGUGUGGUGUUAAUUAGUAAAGUAUUUUAGAACAUUAAAAAAUCAUAAUUUUAUUUAGUUUUCCCAGUUUUUAGCAUUUAGGGCAUCAAAUUCCUUCUUUUUCCCAUGAAAUUAAUAUCAAGUGAUAAUGAUGAUAAUUUGUUACUGCAUAUAGUGUGUUUACCGUUAAUAGUUUUCUUAAUAAAUAUUUUCAUAUGGUAUAAAUCAAUAUUACAAUGGUACUGUAUUUGUGAUUUGAUUUUUAAUUUUA